UUUAAAUUCCAAUAAAUAUACACGUCUGAGGUCACCUUCUCCCAUCCUCUCUCUCUAAAAGGCAUAACCUGAAAUCUGAAACGGUAGCAUCCAGCAGGGAGACUUCUCUGUAUUAUAUGGAUGAAAACGAAGAAAAAAUCCAUAUAUAGAUAGAAACAAUCUCUAGAGAGAGUGAGGAAAUGGGGAGGCGGAUGGGCCAAUUGACGUUCCGGCGGAAGAAGAAGCCCGUGUCUUCACCGCCGCCGACAAUCGAGGUUGUUAACAAUUCCACGGUGACGGCGAGCAAGGCGGCGGUGGGGAAGAAGAAAGCUGGAGGGGCGAGGCUUUGGAUGAGGCUAGAUCGCUGGGGACACUCCGAACUGAUCGAAUGCGAUAAAAGUGUUAUUCUGAAGCGCGUGUCAAUUCCUUCUCGGGACUUGAGGAUACUCGGACCGAUCUUCUCUCACUCUUCCAGAAUCCUUGCAAGGGAAAAGGCCAUGGUUGUUAAUUUGGAAUUUAUAAGAGCUAUAAUUACGGCUGAAGAAGUAUUAUUACUUGAUCCUCUGCGCCAAGAGGUGCUUCCUUUUGUGGAACAGCUGAGGCAACUUCUAUUGCAUAAAAGCUCUUCUAAUCAUGGGUCAAAUCAGUUGAUUGCUCAAGACCACGGAAUGCAAUCCCCUACUGCUGGAAAAUGGUUACCUGUUCCAGACGCUGCUGACGGUUUGCAAGCUGAGCUUCCUUUUGAGUUCCAGGUUUUGGAAAUCGCAUUAGAGGUGGUCUGUACAUAUUUGGAUUCUAGUGUUGCCGAACUUGAGAGAGAUGCUUACCCGGUUUUAGAUGAACUGGCCAGAAAUGUUAGCACGAAGAAUCUUGAGCGCGUGAGGAGUUUGAAAAGCAACCUCACUCGAUUGCUUGCACAGGUGCAAAGGGUGAGAGAUGAGAUUGAACAUCUUUUAGAUGAUGAUGAAGAUAUGGCGCAAUUAUAUUUAACAAGGAAGUGGAUACAGAAUCAGCAGUCUGAGGCUUUGAUGGGAGCAAUGGCAUCAAAUGGCAUUGUUCCCCCUGCUCCUCAUCUCCGACGACUUAGCUCUGCAAGAAGUGGGAGUUUGGUAAGCAACUAUUUGAAUGACAAUGACGUGGAGGACCUAGAAAUGUUACUUGAAGCUUACUUCAUGCAACUGGAUGGCACUCGUAACAAGAUACUAUCUGUACGAGAAUACAUCGAUGACACAGAAGAUUAUGUUAACAUCCAACUUGACAAUCAGCGAAAUGAACUUAUUCAACUGCAAUUAACAUUGACAAUUGCAUCAUUUGCCAUAGCUGUAGAGACUAUGAUGGCUGGGUGGUUUGGUAUGAACAUCCCUUGCUCAUUGUACAAUAUUCAUGGGAUAUUCGAGCUCACUGUUGGAAUUAUGACAGCCGUUUGUGUAUCACUAUUUGUUCUGGUCCUAGGAUACGCCAGAUGGAAGAAGCUUCUUGGGUCGUGAAGUCCCCGAAAUAUGUUUGAGAAAACGAUAUUAUACUCUUGUUUUUCUCCUAACUGGAAGUUUUAAAUUGUAAUAUAGUCAUCACUCGAUAACUCCAGUCGAGUUCUUUAAGGAUAUGAAAGAAGUUUACAUUGUAAUUUGACUUUGAAAUUUGAUGGUACAUGUUUCUAGAUGGACGUGCUUUGUUUGAUUCUCUCUUCAUCAACACAUUUGGUAGUUGUGUUAGAAGUUAGAAACUUGUUUUGAAAUGUCAUUGUUGAAACA